GUGUCCGUGUUUAGUGUUCAGGUGUGGAGUGGGGCUUGUUGUUGGUGUGUGUGUUUGAAGAAACUACGCAGCACAGAGCAUCACCAUGUAUCCCAACUCCAAGAGUGGAGAAUAGAUUUGUAGUCUGUCAAAUUAAUAUAACAUCAGCCAUCCUGUUUACACCAUGUUUAGAGGAAACUCCACAGAAAGGUGAAGGUAGAAAGUGUGUGUGAGCUGAUGUGGAUGUGAAUUCAGCAGCAUGGAUCAGUCUGAGGACAGAGAGGAGGGAGUUCCUCCCUCUAAAACCACUCUGUGUGGGGAACAUGAGAGCCAGACCAAAGCUCAGAGGAACCAACCUGGACAUAAACCUGAAACUGAACGUGGACCCGAACCUGGUUCUGGUUCAGAUUCAGGUUCAAGCUGUAUGUCCUUAAAGAGUGACCAGCAUAAAGAUGAGCCAAUUGAUUUUAAAGUCAGGCAGGCGUCUGCUGCAGAGAGCUUUGGCAGGAUGAGCUUUCCGUAUAUACCGGCCUCUAAAUAUUUUCCUCGACUGAGCAACCCUCUGAACAUACUGGAAGAAAAAAAAUUCAAAUCUAAACUGAGUGACCCUUGGAGUUUUCUCUCAGGAUCACUAACUGCAUUGAGGAUGUUUCUGAGACCAGAUCUUCCUCAAACUGAAAAUAGGAAUGUGGCCUUGAAGCGUGCCCAGUCAUUGGAUACUGGUCUGAGUUUUCACAGAGAACCAGGUGCUGCUGCUGCAGAGAGCAGUGUGGCCUUAAAGCGUGCCCAGUCAAUGGAUACUGGUCUAAGUUUUCACAAAGGACCAGGUGCUGUUGCACAAAGGAUGGAGCCUGUUGGAGUCCAAUGGUUUAGACCGGGUCUGAGGAAGUAUUCCUGUCAACUCACAAUCAACACAAACACAGUACACACAAACCUCAAACUGUCUGACAACAACAGGAAGGUGACAUUUGUGUGGGAGGUUCAAUCAUAUCCUGAUCAUCCAGACAGAUUUGAUUUUGAUCCUCAGCUACUGUGUAGAAAUGGUCUGACUGGUCGCUGUUACUGGGAGGUCGAGUGGAGAGGACAUGUUUUCAUAUCAGUGAGUUACAGAAGAAUCAGAAGGAAAGGAGGCAUUCUUGAGUGUUUGUUUGGAAACAAUGAUCAGUCCUGGAGUCUGUACUGCUCUGAUGAUGGGCCUUCUUCUGUCAGGCACAAAAGCAUACAAACAUCCAUCUCCUCCUCCUCUGUCUCUAACAGAGUAGCAGUGUAUGUGGAUCAUCCUGCUGGCACUCUGUCCUUCUACAGAGUCUCCUCUGACACUCUGCUUCACCUCCACACCUUCAACACCACAUUCACUGAACCUCUUUAUGCUGGAUUUAGACUCUGGUUUCUGGGUUCCUCAGUGUGUCUGUGCUGAGUUGAAUGUAAAGAGUGUUCUCCUGUUCGAGAAACAUUCUGGCUGUUGAACAAAUAGACAUGUACAGACUGAACUGUCUCUUUCACUCAGAAACACUUUUUUAAAAUUCAUGGAUUAAGUCAGUUGAUGAUUUUAAACUGUUCUAAAUGAUUCUUUGUAAACUUAUUCCUCUUCAGUCCUUGAUGAAAGAUGAAAGCUACGAUUAUUCUCAGAGACAUUCACACAUUGUUGUCAAUUGAACAUGAAUGAGGAUGAAGCCUGCAGCCAGGCUUCAUCCUCAUUUCAACAUUUACUGUCUUUAAAGAUGAUAAACGAGAACUCUGCAACUUUUUUUACCUUUAUUGUUUUACAGUGAUCUGCUCUUUAUGAAUGCACCAGGCCAGGAACUAAAGAGGCUAAAUACUGUCUCUGCUUGUCUGUGGUGGGAAACUAAAUGUUUUUCAAAUUCAAAUUCAAAUUUUAUUUGUCACGUACACAGUCAUACACAGUACGAUAUGCAGUGAAAUGCUUAGACAACU